GUUUGGCAACUUCAUGCACCAGUUCCCUCAGAACCCAUAGAUAGAUCUCAUUGGGUCCCAUGGGCUUGUACACCUUCAGGUUCUUUAGGUGGUCUUGAACCAGAUCUUCACUUACAGCAAGCAGAUCUGCCUUCUCCAAGUUCUUACUAUUGCUUUCUGUAAGUUGGGCAGUGAGGCUAGAACCCUUGCUGGUGACAACUGAGGCAAAGAAGUCAGCUUUCUCCAUAUCCAUCUUGACCAGCUCUCCAGUUUCCUUCCUGGCUGCUUGGACAACUUCUUUGUAAUCCUCCCAGGUAACCUGUUCCUGCUUCCACUCCCUAUUUACUUUCUUUUUGAGCAUAAGUAAGUCCAGGAGCAAUUUGUUUGUCCAUGGAGCCUCCUAGCAUUCUUGACUGCCUUCCUUUUUCUUAGGAUGCACUGCUUUGGGGCCUGGAGGAGGUGGUCCUUAAAUACCGACCAGCUUUCUUGGGCUCCUCUUCCCUCCAGGGCUUUCCCCCAUGUCACCCUGCCAGGCAGUUCCCUGAAGAGUUCCAAGUCUGCUCUCCUGAAGUCCAGAGUACCAAGCUUGCUGCACACCCUCUUUGACACCCUAAGGAUUUGGAACUCUGCCAUUCCAUGAUCACUACAGCCAAGGCUGCCCUUGAGCUUUAUAGUACUCACCAGUCCUUCCUCUUCGGUGAGGACAAGGUCCAGGAUAGCACCUUUUCUCGUGGGUUCCUGUACUACUUGGAAGAGGAAGUUAUCAACACAUUCCAGAAAGAUCUUUGAUUUCUGGUGCACUGCAUGAGGACUGCAUGUUUUGUGAAUGUGAAGCUGUUCCUAUCUAUUUAUAGAAGGCCUCAUCCACUUGGUCUUCCCAAUCAGGCAGCCUGUAGCAGACCCCCACUAUGAUGUCUCUUUCCCCUGCUUUCCCUUUAACUCUAACCUUUAAGCUUUAGUGUCUUUGUCUGGAAACACCAAACCUCAGUGGAAUUUGGGUGGGGUCAGUGUGAUAAAGGACAUCUCUGUCCUCUUGUCUUCCCCCUACCUGGAGGAUGGACCCCAGUGGCGUUAAGAGAAAUGUCCCGUGUCUUGCUUCUUGCUCUGCCUGGGCUUGGUGUGGGGACACCCGUGGUAGAACCGGGCUCUUUGCUGCCCUGUGCGAGCCCUGUUUGCAGCUAUAGGUCCUGCUGCAAGCCUCAUGCAUUAUGAAUAAGUCAUUGUCUUCUAAUGUAUUGUUAGCGGUUCUUGUUGAAAGGCACUGAAAAGGCUGUUAGAAGCGCUGGGCUUCAUCUCCCUCUGCUGUGCGGACUUCCCCAUCCUGUGUCGUGAGGCUUUGGGCAGUGCUGCUUUAGCGAUUUCUUUAUUUUAAAGUGAAUUUUGCCCAAGUUGAAGCCGCACGCCGCGUUCUGCCCGAGCGCAUGGUGCCUCGCGAUGAAGCAGACGGCUCUUUGCCAGGAGCGAGCCGCACACUUUGUGUAAUUUACCCUUCCUUUUGGCUCGGUCGGGCUUUUAAUCAGCGCCAGCCCGUUCCCUCGUGUUCGCGUGUGUGUGUGUGCAAGGGAGAGGGCGGCAGAGCGAGGAAGCUGUGCCUGGGCUAUGCUGACAGACGACUUUCCCCUCGGUUGUCAGGUUCUGAGCCUGCUGAAAAAUCCGUGCGGGUUUGCUAGUCCGGAGCUGAGCCGCUAAUCCCCUGGGUCUGCCCGAUGAUGCUGGCGUGCCCCCCGCGUACACCUGAGCGACCGGGGAGGGGGGAGAAGGGGCUGCCAGAAAUGUUGGCCACUGGCGGGCAGCCCCGUUAAAGGUGGAGCGUGUGCUUGGGGCAGCCGCCCAUCAUCGCCGAGCCAUAACCGACGCGGUAACCUGCAGCCAUGGAGUCGCCCACGAAGGAGAUUGAAGAAUUUGAGAGCAACUCUCUAAAAUACCUGCAGCCAGAGCAGAUAGAGAAAAUCUGGCUUCGGCUCCGAGGCUUGAGAAAAUACAAGAAAACAUCGCAAAGGUUGCGAUCUUUGGUAAAGCAGCUAGAGAGAGGGGAAGCUUCGGUUGUAGACCUAAAGAAAAACUUGGAAUAUGCUGCAACGGUCCUUGAGUCAGUAUACAUUGAUGAAACUAGGCGUUUACUGGACACAGAAGAUGAGCUCAGUGACAUCCAGUCUGACUCCGUGCCCUCAGAGGUCCGGGACUGGUUGGCUUCUACCUUCACACGGCAAAUGGGGAUGAUGCUCAAAAGGACAGAGGAGAAACCCCGAUUCAGGAGUAUUGUCCAUGCAGUACAAGCUGGGAUAUUUGUGGAAAGAAUGUACAGGCGGACGUCCAAUAUGGUUGGUUUGAGCUACCCACCAGCUGUAAUUGGAGUGCUAAAGAAUGUAGACAAGUGGUCCUUUGAUGUAUUUGCACUAAACGAUGCCAGUGGAGAUCAUGCACUGAAAUUCAUUUUCUAUGAACUUCUCACACGUUAUGAUCUGAUCAAUCGUUUCAAGAUCCCCAUUUCUGCCCUGGUGUCCUUUGUGGAAGCUCUGGAGGUUGGAUACAGCAAACACAAAAAUCCCUAUCACAACCUAAUGCAUGCUGCAGAUGUGACACAAACAGUCCAUUACCUCCUUUUCAAGACAGGUGUAGUGCACUGGCUGACAGAGCUGGAGAUCUUCGCCAUGAUCUUUGCAGCUGCUAUCCAUGAUUAUGAACACACAGGAACCACCAACAAUUUUCACAUCCAAACACGGUCAGACUCAGCCAUUCUGUAUAAUGACCGGUCUGUGCUUGAAAAUCACCAUGUUAGUGCAGCAUAUCGUCUUUUACAAGAUGAUGAAGAGAUGAAUAUUUUAUCCAAUCUCUCAAAAGACGACUGGAGGGAGUUCCGGGCUCUGGUGAUUGAGAUGGUGUUAGCCACCGAUAUGUCCUGUCACUUCCAGCAAAUCAAAGCCAUGAAGAAUGCUUUGCAGCAGCCAGAAGGAAUUGACAAGCCGAAAGCCUUAUCACUGUUGUUGCAUACAGCAGAUAUCAGUCAUCCAGCCAAGGCCUGGGACCUCCAUCACCGCUGGACCAUGUCUCUGCUAGAGGAGUUCUUCAGACAGGGUGACAAAGAAGCAGAACUAGGGCUUCCCUUCUCUCCACUGUGUGACCGCAAGUCCACUAUGGUUGCUCAGUCUCAAAUAGGUUUCAUUGAUUUCAUCGUGGAACCCACUUUUACUGUGCUGACUGAUAUGACUGAGAAGAUUGUGACACCGCUCAUAGAUGAAGCUUCCCGUUCUGGCAUGUCUGGGUUCAGACGUUCCAGUCUGAAUAGCAUUAGUCCCUCUGAAGUUAAGAGAUCAAGUGUCAAGAGCACUGGGUCAGAAGGAAGUGCCUCGCUCAACUGCUCCAUACUCACUGUGGACUUCAAAUGUUUUAAAGCCACCUGGACUGAGGUGGUGCAGCAGAACCGGGAGAAAUGGAAAGCACAAGCCACCAAAGAUGCAGAAGAAAAAGCUAAGAAAGAAGCAGAGGAAAGUGUUCAUCAGGGAACAGAUGAAAAGAAAACAGAUGAAAAGGAUGAGAAGCCAACUGAAGAUGCCACAGCAGCAAAGACAGAGAACAGCAAAGAACCAAAUCCUGGGGAGAACAAAAGUUCAGAUUCCAAUGAAAAUUCCCACAUAAAUGGGACUGGGCAAACUGGAGUGACCAGACACGAAGCCUCUCAAGGAAAAAGUGCUCCUAGGACAGAUAAUGGAAUGGAUUCUCAUCACACGUUGAGAGAAGAGAAACAUGUCCAGAAUGGUGAAAUAAAGGAAGACAGUAUGGCAGACAAAAAAGAUCAGUCUAGUGUGGGAAAUGAAUCAAAGAAAACAGAUGGUAAGGACUUAAUAUUUUGUUUUGUUUUGUCACUCAUGCAAUUUAUUGUUUUAUAUGCAUCCAUAUUUUAUGAUUAAAAAAAAUUGUGUGGUAACCUGAAAAACAUUUAACAGAAACAGUCAUUAGAUAUGAUAGAAGCCAUUAGGGGUGUUCUGGGGGAAAAUCAUCUCUUCCACGUAAUGUCUAAUGCCACUUAAUUUUUCUGUUGGUAAACCAUCUUCUUUAUCUUCUUGAACGAUUUCUGUGCGCCACCCACAAGAAAAAUCCUGGAUUAUUUGAACUGCUUAAUAGGAAACAUGGCUUUGUAAGGUUCUAUCCUUCUCAGUUUCUUUGAGCCAAAUUCUGCUCUCAGUGAAAACCAAUUGUAUGGGGGUGCAAAACACGAAUCUAAGCAAAACCCUGCACAAGGUGCAUCUCCUUUUUUUUGGUUGCACAUCACACUGUGUCUGUCAAACCACAAAGGUUUCUUGACUUAAUAGUCUGAGGGGGAAUUUGCCAAGUGCUUUUGAACCACAGGUAUGGGAAGGAAGCAAGCAAGAGUAGACACAUCAGCACAGAAGCGCUGUUAAGGACACUCUAGAAAAGGGACGUUGCUAAAACACUUUUGAAAUGAAACAAUCCCAAGUUGUAUGACAGUUUCUUGAACACCUAGAAAUAAUUUCACACAGCUCUGAGCCUAUUGUAAAUUUUCACAGAUGUUUUAGUAGCAUCAGCAAAGCAGAAAAAUGCCUAUAAGAGAUGUGGCAUGUUUGCUCUUCUGCUUCGCAGCUGUGCAGCAAAAGGCUUCAAGAUAGUAUCUGGCUCCACAUCACCCCAGAACUGAUUGCUUAAGUAUUGCAUAGCAGAAUAAAUGGAAACAAAUACUACAGCUAAGAUUUCCUUUGUAUGUGUCAAUUAAGUCCAUUGAAAUAUCUCUAAAUAUAAAUAGUACAGUAUUGUAUUUUAAUGAUCAAGAAAGGCAACCUUGUUUUAAGUGCUGCAGUUCAGAAGGAUGCUGUUUGCUUUUACUGUUACUUUGUAAGAAAUUAUUUAGUGUUCUUACUCUUCCAGAAAAGUGGCAAAUAAGAAGAUAAUGUGAUCCUUGGCAAAAAAAAAAAAAAAAAGUAGAGGAAUUCAUCUAUAAUCACGUGUAUUAAUUUCAGACACAGAAAUAUGUACUUUAUACAGAGCUCCAUUAGCAAUGAUUGUUCAGGAAAAAUCAAUUAUUUGUUGGAAUGUCACAGACUUCAGAUAAGUGUCUGUCAGGAAGAGUCACAAACGAGUACCAUUCAUAACUCUUUACACAGUAUGCAGAAAUAAAGAGCAAAUAUUCAAUUAGCAGUCUGGCUCUGCAGGCAUUCACGAAUACUGCAUAAGAUACUGCAUAUCUUAUGUAGCUGUAAUGGCUCCACAAGGAUUAGUAGGAGGAAUGGCUUCUCUCCCUACUGCAGUUGGUGAUGGCAGAAUAGUGGCUGUGUAGAAAGACUGCUCCCCUGGCAGGAUGGGUAGAUGCAGAAGGCUUGGGGCUUCUCUUGGCAGAUGCAGGGGCAUCAGACCAACCAUGAGAGUAGGUUUGGGAAUCCCUAAAUUUGAGGACAAGGUCACCUUUGAAAGCUUGCAGUCUCAGUCUCUUGGAAAGAGUAGGGGCACCUAUUUAAUCAGGCUGGAAGACAAAGAGGUGAAUGUUUCAUGCUGAUUUAAAAGUGUGGUAGUAAAUUUGUUUACUUCCAGGUUGCUAGUCUUGGUGUGCUGUUAGCUAUUUAAUAUCUGUUUGUUCUUCUGCAAGAAAGUGUUUUGCUCAACCCCUAGGGAAAAGAGCAGCUAAUUACAGUGAAUAAGGAACCAAGCAAAAACAAUUUAUGGGCUCCAUGUUUUUCAUUCAAAUGCUGUAGAGAGAGGUUGUGACUAAUGAUGUCAUUGACGGAAACAGAAUAUUUGUGAAAAACAAGCCCUAGGAAAGUGUUGGGGUGGCACUUCUGUUUUGAGAAAUACUGCGUGACCCUUCCUGUCCAUUGCUCAGUCCUGAGCAAAUCUCCUUACCAGCCAUGUAAGGGAUGUGGAAAAAUGAAUCUUCCCCAUGAAUAGUACAUAGCUGUUUGUAGACUACUGAACUAUGUACCCAAACAUAUGGUUUCUCAUCUGCUGGGACAUGGUCCUUCAUAUACUGGGAUAAAAGCAGAAGGGAGCAGUUAGAAAGACUCAGGUUACAGCACUGGAAUUCUCUCACCACUUCUAGAUUUUUUUUGAGCCCAGGUUUUAGCAGCAUCAGGCCUGGUGCUUGAGUUUUACAGCCUCCGAGUCUGCAAGUGGGGUGUAUUUGUGUGAAACAGGUGCUUGUUUGUGCAGAUUCAUCACAGCCCAUGAGGGCUUUGGCUUUCUUUUGGCCUCCCAUUAGCAUCAGCUAGAGCCCUGCACCCAAGCUGAGGUCAGUCUGCUGUUCUGUCCUGCUGUGAGAAAAAAGCUGCAUGAAUCUUUGCAGGAUCUUACCCGUGUUACUUUUUGAGCAUAUACAAAACGUUACUGUAAUAUGUUGUAAUUGGAAUAUGUAAGUGCUAAAGCAUUUCUAAUCAUCCUUCUACUUCGUGGUGAACCAGGUGGCCAAGGAAAUACGAAUAACCAUCCUAUGUGGUUACAAAGACCUGGAGUGGCUUGCCUGUGCUGUAGUCACAGGUCUGACAUGUGUCAGUGCUACCUUUAUGCUACCCACAGAUUGGUGUGCAUGCCUCCAGAAACAGGGAUCAAGCUCUGUAAGCCACUGGGAAGCUAUGAAUGCAUCUAGCCAGAGCUUCACACAGCUGAGUCUAUUGGUAUUUUAAAGCUGGUUUGAGGACAUCUAUGCAAGCUGCAGUUGUGCCUUAGAAUGCAGUAUUAAUUGCUUCAAAAUCUUAUUUGAGUUUCUUAAACACAGGAUAGCAUCCUCAUUGUAAUGUAAUCUUCCUGUUGUUGGCUUUUUUUUUGUUCUGUGGGACGAUCAGUUGUUACUCAGUACUGCCCUUAUCUUCAGCUUUGAGAGAAGAGAUAUGAGACUGCUAAUUUCUUUGUAAAGACACAGUCCUAUCUGACAUCAGCAGCACCAACAGCAUCAUCAAAUGUUUUCUGUGGGAUAAAAUGUUACUAAACCAUUUUGGAAAACCUGAUUUUUCCCUGUGAAAUAGCUGCUAUUCAAGACUUGGAAUGGAAAUUUUAAAGCAGUCACACAGAAGUAAUUUUUCUAUACAUUCACAGCAUUUAUUUUUGCAAUUUUUUUCUACUCACAUACUUAGAAUAAAUGAGAAAACUUUUUACAUCAUGUUGCACUUUCACAAGUUAUCUUUACGGCUUUAUUUUUUUUUUUCCCUACUAGGGUAAAUGUCUGCAAUAUGAAGUUUUCAGUGCAACUCUUUGUUCCAGUCACCAAAAUACAGUUUAUUCUGUUACUUUUUUUCAGCUAGAAAAUAACAAAAACGUACAGGUUCACUUGUGUGUGUUUGUGUGUUUAUGUGUGUGUUUCUCCUGGCAACUUAUCUCAUGGUGAAAAGCAAAUGUGCUUGUUGAAGCACAGAAAUCCACAGGGUAUUUGUGCUCGUAUCUUGAACCACUGGUUUGUGCUGGUAAAGCCUCGUGUGCCCUGGCUAUGUUCGAUGAGCAAUACUCCCACCUCGUGGUCAUAUCUUACCCCUACAUUUCAAUAGUGCUUCCCUCUGUGCGGUGCAAAAAGCAAAAAUACAGUACAUUACAAUGCAAGGCAGUAUGCAUCUUUUUACAUGUACAGUCUCUAUGGUGAGUACAUACAUUACAAGCAUUCUAGGAAUUUAGACCUUUAUCACAGAAUCAUAGAAUGGCUUGGGUUGGAAGGCAUCCC